GCGUCCACUGCUAUAAAAGCCGCGGUCCGCCCCGUCGACUUCAAGUGUCCUCGGCAUGGCGCUCAGACUGGCAGCAGUGGGGCUCCUUGUUGUGGCGACGGUCCUCCCUGGGAUUCUCAGCGGCAAGUUCCCAAAUUACGUGAAGGUCUGCAAGAAAAAUGAUCCUGACUUCGACGCCUGCGUCAUCGACUCCGUGGAGUCGCUGAGGCCAAGACUGAGCAAAGGCAUACCCAAACUGCAGGUGCCACCCUCAGACCCCUUCGUGUUGCCUACUCUGGAAAUCAAAAGGGACCUGGAGGCCAUCAAGGUUCACGCUCUGCUGCAGAACAUCGUGGCUUACGGCGGCAACGCCUUCGUCAUCAACAAACUCAAGACGGACCUCGACAAGCUGGCGCUCGAGCUGAGCGUCACUCUGCCUCACAUCCACUCCACUGCGGAUUUCGACGUGACGGGCCGCAUCCUGGGAAAUAUCAAGGGGAAGGGUGCCUUCACGGGCAAUUUCACGGAUGUGAAGGUGGACGUCGCAGGUGACGCGAAAGUGGUCACAAGGAAAGGCGAGGAAUAUCUGGAGGUAAACAACAUCAAGACAAAGAUUGGGAUUGGGAGCUCGGAAGUUAAGAUCGCAUCUAAAGACAAAGACAAAGACAAGAACGAUGAGCUGCUGGAGUCCUUUACGCGGUUCUAUAAGCAGAACGAGAAGCAGGUCUUGAAUAUACUGAUGCCUAUCGUUCAGGAGACAGCUGAAGAAAUCGUGACUCAGAUCAGCAACAAAAUCUUGAGUACCAUACCUCUCAAAGAGUUGCUCCCGGCCUGAGCUAUUAUCAGUAACUGGUGCAAGUAACACUCGGUGAUGCCAGGACCUCCUUCAAAAAGAAAUUUCCGGGUUCUAACUGCGCUUCAUGGAGUUAAGUAUAACAGACCCAAUUUUGAUUAAUUCUAUUUGUGUUGCGAUUUUUAAUUCUGAAAAGACUUUAACGUGAUUCAAGACACAGGUCACUGUAAAAAGAUCACGUAUUGUUCAUUUGUCAAAGAAAAUGAGAAAACGCUUGUGAUGCGACUGAAAUAAUCCUGACCACUUACAAGUCUGCAUACAUUCCUGCCCCUAGGGAUCAUAGUGAAAUAAUUAAUUUCCCCAUCACUUAAAUGCUGCACACUUCUACAUUUCUACUGUUUCCUCGCAUCACUGUCUCACGACAUAAGAACAUUAUGCACGAAGAACUGCUUUACAUUGUCCUUCAGUGUUAAUUUGGAGGAAUUCCACUUGUUAAAAUAAUCUGAUUAUGAUUUCCUUACUGUUUAGUAAUAAAAUUAUUAUAUGAAUAAUCA